AUGGGGCUUAUCGAAGGAUUGCUAAGCUCCAGCCCUGAUCUUUGUAAGAUCUACGUCGUGGUGCGUGAGAAAAAAGGUCAAUCACCAUCGGAGCGUGUUGUGAAGCUCCUGUCCAGCGAGAUCUUCAACCAUUUGUCUGCAGAAACCAAAGCAAAAGUAGUGCCCAUUGUGGGAAACCUUACAGCUCAGGAUCUUGGACUGGAUCCCAUUACUCUUAAGGAAAUUAGGGAGACAGUAACUGUAGUUUAUCACAAUGCGGGUUUGAUCAAGUUCAACCGAAGUCUUAAAGAGGCUGUUCUAAUGAAUGUCCUCAGCACUUUGCGUUGUAUUGAUCUCGCCAAAAGUCUUGUAUAUCUCUCAGCCUUCAUAUAUACCUCUACAGCUUGGGCUAAUUCUAAUAUUCAAGAUAAGAUCCUAGAAGUUAUAUAUAGAACCAAAGAGUCUCCUAGAGAAAUGAUCAAACUAGCUCUCGAGACACCUUCUACAAUUGAUCGAGUAGCAGAGAGUCAGGAUGAUUUCAUUGAGGGUCAUCAAAACACUUACUCCUAUUCCAAGCAAUUGGCAGAGAAUCUUAUUCUUGAGGAAAUGGCGGGACUUCCAACGGGGAUUGUUAGACCAUCAUUAGUUUAUGGUUUCUAUCAUCAUGAAAUCCCAGGUUGGAUGGGGAGUUCACAGAGCGGCCACUGCGGAGUAAUUCGACUUUUUAUCAAAGGGGUCGGAAGGAAUUUGUUUGGAAAUCCCAAGAGUACAGUUUUUGCUGUACCAUGCGAUCACGUAGUUAAUUGCAUGCUUGCCUUGACCGUUUCCGUUGGCUCUCGAAUAGUGCCUUCUAAGAAGCCUGAAAUUUGUCAUGUAUCCAACAACAAGGACAUCAAUCCCAUAACCAUACAAGACAUGGCCAAUAUACUGAAUGAGGAGUCUUGGAAGAAUCCCUGUGAUUCCCCCGUUCUCCAGUAUCAGGGUGGUCGCACAUACGAAGCAGCAUUGCUCGCGAGUCAGACAUGGGGAGAAAGAGGCCGAGUUGAGCUUGUCCAGCCUCUUGCUUGGUGA